AUGAGGCAGCACAGUCUGCAUCCCAGUGCCAUCAGCGCGAGCCGUACGGUAACGACGUUUCUGGUUAUUUUUCGGGUUAGCACGUUCAGACAAAGAGAGCUGUGUACACUGUCUGUACAGCGUGACCUGAAAGACGUGAGCCGUGCGCUUUCUUCACACCGCGGGGACUACCUGACUUCUCUUAGUGUUGUGCUCGGCAAGCAUUCCACCUUGACCACAGUCCACGCGCUCGCACUCUACCUGGCCUCUACACAUAAGCUACAGGAGCUCCAACUGCGGCUUGAAAGUGUACCGCAGAAUUUACAGCAAGUGCUCUUCGCAGGCUUCCAGAGGAACGUCAGCCUUGAACGUCUGUGCAUUUUCGGGACUGAGAACCUUUGCAUCCCUGAGAACAUGCAGCAAGUGCUGUUCUCCUGGAUGGCAGAUAGCAAGCGGCUCUACAGCAUCAACGUGAAGAUGCACUGUUACGACACUAAGCAUAUGCUGGAGGUGCUUGCCUCGUCUCAACACCGAAAUCAUGUCCUCACGUCUCUGGCCUUUAGUAAAACUUGGGCCGACCAGUCGGUCCUCGAGACCAACCUCAAAAUGGGAGUCUGGCAACGAUGGUGCCACAAUCUGAAAUCAUUCGGGCGGACAGUGCAAAGAUCUGUCAGCGUGGCAUGA